AUGCAACAUUUUAAAAUACUUGCCAUUGGAGAUGACACCGCUAAAAAAGUUCAAUUAUUGACUACGUUCAUUGAAGGAAAAUAUCCUAAAGAAUAUAUCCCUACUGUUUUUGAAAAUUCUACUAAAACACUUAAAAUAAGAGGAAAACAAGUGGUUGUAGAUUUAUGGGAUUCAACUGGAUUUGAAAGUUUGUCUUCUAUAAGACAGCCAUUAUAUUCUAACGUGGAUAUAAUAUUAGUUUGUUAUAGUGUUGUAAAUAAAAACUCGUUCAUUAAUGUAAAAAAUAAAUGGUAUCCUGAAAUGAAAUCGUUAUGUCCUCAUACUCCAUUUUUCCUUAUUGCUACUCAAUCAGAAAAGAGAAAUAAGUGUUGUGAAAAUAAAAACCAUCUUAUUUCUACUGGAGAUGGAUUACAACUAUCUAAAGAACUUAAGGCUAUUGAAUAUAUUGAGUGUAGUGCUAAAAAUAAUGAAAAUAUUGAUUAUAUCUUUGAACAGUGUAUUAAAGUUCUUAACCCUGAUCUUCACAACCAACAAAGUUAUGUUCAACAGUCUUUAUACGAAGAUCGUAGUACAUUUAUCUUAUGCUAUCUUUUGUUUUUGACUCUUUACAUUGCCUCUCUCUUUAUUGUUUCAAAGUAA